AUGACUCAUUAUCCAUUGAAAUCAUUGUUAGUUCAUUCAUCAUUGAAUUUACCUGGGUUUUUUUCAAGAUAUAUAAAUAAUGUCCAGAGACAUGUUUUAUAUAAGAAUAAAUGUUGUUAUUUAUCUACAGUUUCAGAUAUCUUUGAUAAAAUACUUGAUAAAGCACCAAAAACUAAUAAAGAUAUGAUAACCUAUAAAUCUCCGUGUAUUAAGACAUCAUUGAAAAAACUUACAAAAAUAUCUAGACAAAUUGCAGGAAAAAAGUUAGAAGAUGCUAUUUUACAAAUGGAUUUUAGUAAAAAAAAAGCAGCAAGAGAUGUUGCUAAAAUGUUAAGAAAUGCACGUACAAGAGCUAUUAAUAGCAAGCUAGAUGAAAACACAUUAUUUAUUGAUCAAUCAUGGGUUGGAAAAGGUAUUUAUAUUAAGCAAUUAUGGUUUAGAGGAAGAGGAAGAAUGUCAAUAAGAAGAAGGCCACGAACACACAUAAAAAUAAUUGUGAAAGACAUUACUACAUUAAAACAACGAGAAAUAAAAGAGAAAAAGAAAAAGGAAUCUAAACCUGUAUGGGUACCUCUUCCAAACAAACAAAUCUACAAUAAAUCUAUUGGAUUUACAUGUUAA